UCUCAAGUUUCAAUGCUUCAUUUUAUUCUCCCUAAACAAACACAAACAAUUUCCAGACAAUUCAUUUCUUCUAAUCUUGAUUCUGAUUCCGUUUUCCAUGUUUCAUCUCAGUUUCAAUUCUGAACCCUAAUUUCAGCCCCAAUUUUUUCUUGCAGGGGAAAAAAAUGCAUGCUUUGUCUCCCCCAUCUUAUUCCUAUCUGUUCCUCCCAGCCUGCAGUCUAUCUCGUCUGCGACGUCGUUCGGUCUCCAUCUUCAUCUCCUCGAAGCCAUUUCCAAGAAAUCCCAUAUUCUCAAGCUUUGGGGUGCGUCUCUCUGCCUCAAUUGUUGAGCCAAAUCUCCAACUCUCGUGGGUCUCGCCGGACCCGAAUUCCAACAAUGACUAUGGGGGUUGGGCCAUCUCGGAUUCUCCGGUUUCCGCCAAGAAGCGAGGAUUGCCUAUAUUUGUGGUUGGGAGUGUUGGGGCUUCAUUGGCUGUUCUUGUAGCUGCAAUUGCUUACUUCUCAAUAACCAGAAAAGGUUUUAAGUUCCAAAUUACGAGUCCAUUACAUGCUUUUCAAGAGAUACUAAAUCCAACUGAUUCCAAAGGAAAUCAAAGCAGUACUACGGAAUUUAGCGAAUCUGAUGGAGACCUUCUCGAGUCAGGGUCGAGUAUAGAGUCUGAACCUAUUGCUAUAACGGAAAUUGUUACUCCAGAAAAGCUCGAAUGUGUUAUAAUUCCUGUGGCCGUAGAUUCUACUCAGCAGGAAGCUUUGUCAGUUCUGAAAAAACUGAAGAUAAUUGAAGAUGAUGUCAAGGCUAAUGAAUUGUGUACGAGAAGGGAAUAUGCAAGAUGGCUGGUGCGAAUAAACUCCUCAUUGGAAAGGGACCCUAGGCAUCGAAUUGUUCCAUCAGUUUCACUUUUUGGUUCCAUAAGUGCUGCAUUUGAUGAUGUUAGCGUUCAAGACCUAGACUUUGUUUCCAUUCAGGCCUUGGCAGAGGCUGGUGUUGUUUCCAGCAAAUUAUCACAGAACUCCAGCUACAAUGAUUUGAAUGAGCCAGGACAUGUUUAUUUUUCUCCUGAUAGUCUCAUUCCUCGACAGGAGCUGAUUGAAUGGAAAGCCCGGCUAGAGUAUCAGAUUAUGCAAGGAAUAACUGAACAGAUAUUAACUACAAAAGUAGGUUUCAUGGAUGUGAAAGGGAUUGCAUUUGAUGUAGCACCGGGACUUUAUAUGGACAUCUUGGCUGGUGACAAGAGCAUAAUCAGAAAAGUUUUUGGACAGAGCAGGCGGCUUCAACCAAACAAACCUAUAACAAAAGCACAGGCAGCAGUGGCACUAACAAGUGGCAGGAUGGCAGAGGAAAUACACAAUGAGUUGUUAAGACUUAAAGCUGAAAGUUUUAGUAGGAAAGUUGAGAUGGAAGCCAUCCGAUCUGAGUUGCUUGAUAGAGGAGACAUAAAUAUGUUUUGGGAUGAGAAACUGAAAGAAGAAAGAAACCGUGGUCUUGAGGUGGAAAAGGCUUAUCAUGCUGCAGUUGAUGAUCUGGAGCAGGAGAAGGUCGUUCAAGAUAAACAUUUAGCGAAUAAUUUCAAAGAGACUGUGGCUAUGGACUGUCAGAGACAAUUACUUGCGAGUCUGAAAGAAGAGGUCAAGGAAAUGUCAGAAAUUCUUGCAUCGGAGAGGGCUUCGUAUGUGGCUGAGCAGUCUAAUUUGCAGGACAUGCUCAAUGAUUCAGAGUCCAAGCAGGAGAGACUGCUUGAUACAAAAUCUAUACUCGAGGCUGAGAUAGAAGCUCUCAGGAUUCUGAGAUCCUGGGUAGAGGAUGAAGCAAGAAAAAGCCAGGCACGUGCCAAGGUUCUUGAGGAGGUAGGGCGAAGGUGGAAAUGGGACAACCAAUCUUGAGCUUUUGUAGUCCAUGGAAUUUUGAGAUUAUACAUUGUUUUAUUUUAUUUCAUUUCAUGUAGAUGUUGGAAACUAUAUGUAAAAGGGUUGAUAUUAAAAGUUCCUCAAGUUUUGGCAAAAUUCUCAAUUUCGCAAUUUAUUUUAAUAAAUAACAAAUAUAUUGCAAUGGA